AUGGAGCCAUAUUCUGCAAUCAUCCCGUAUCUAAUUUCGUCAGGUUUAUACCACGUAACAAAUAUACACUCAACCCAAAUCGACAACCGUUUAAUUUUGGCGUUAUUAGAAAGAUGGAGGCCAGAAACUCACACUUUUCAUCUUCCGACUGGUGAAUGCACCAUCACAUUGGAGGAUGUUAGCAUGUUACUAGGCCUUCCUAUUGAAGGUACGCAAUUAAAUGGUCCUUCUGAGCUAGAUGAUGAUGUAUGGCCUGCAAUUGUAGGGGAAACACCACCACAAAAUGCUUUACAUGGUUCCGCUGUAAGAUUGACAUGGCUUAAAGGCAUUUAUCAAGCAGAAGCAAAUAGACCAACAGAAGAGCAUAAAACGAGACAUGCUCGAAUUUAUAUAAUGAUUCUCAUUGGACAACUUUUGUUUCCCGACAAAAGCGGCAGCCACGUCCACCCAAAAUGGUCACAAUUCCUCUUUGAUUUUAAUCAGGAGAUGUGCAAAGCUUGUGAGUUCAAAGUAAAAGAAAUAUCAGGAUGUCUUUUACUUCUUCAAGCUUGGGCAUUUACAAGCAUGCCUAUUAUUUCUCCUAAAACUGCGUUCGAUUCAACAUUUCCUCAUGCGGCGAGAUGGUGCGUUAAAGGCAAGAACUUCAAGAACAACCCCCGUGACUAUCUCCAAGGAUACCGGUUCCUAAUUGAUCACAUGCAGCCAAAUCAGUUUAUUUGGAGGCCGUAUCUAAGAUUUGCGCCCCCACAAGAUGAAGAUAGUUCGAUUUGGAGUGCAAAAACGUAUAUAAUUUGUUUUCAUAUCGUUGAAAUGCAUCAAAGUGAUCGAGUGAAGCUUCAAUUUGGCUAUCUUCAAAAUAUACCCGAUACACCAGUGUGCCUCAAAGAGCAUCACAAGAUGAAUACAAACAAGUCCCGCAAAACUCCAUGGACAGAACUAUACCGCCACGAACAAUAA